AUGCUUUUUAUGGACCACCUGACCCCUGUCCUCAAGUCAGCUUUUCCUGACUCAGCAAUCUGUAAGGGUGUCGAGAUGAAACGCCUCAAAACCACCCGAGUCAUCACCAACGUCAUCGCUGCAACACACAAGGAGGAUUUGUCUGCGACCCUGAAAAAUGUUAAAUUUUCCGUGCUGACGGACGAGAGCACGCAUUUCAAUGUCAAAACAGCAGCGGUAGCUGUGCGUUUCCACGACAGGGCUGCUGGCCGUAUUGUCACCAAAUUUUGGGACCUAUCAGACGUCUUUCCCAAGGGUGACUUCGAGGCUGCCCGUGAGGGCGCAAGUGCAGACCGCCUUUUUCAACUACUCAUGAAUGCAUUUGAGAAAUGGGACAUCCCUACUGAGAAUUUCAUUGGGUUCGCUUCGGAUGGUGCAAGUGUGAUGCUGGGUGUUAAUAGCUCCGUCAUGACACGUCUGCAGGAGCGCUGCCCUGGUAUUGUUAUAAUGCGAUGCAUCUGCCACUCUUUGCAUCUCGCGGCGAGGGAAGCGGUCAAAGUGUUGCCAAAAGGACUUGAGGAUAUGGCUCGCAACAUCUACAGCUUCUUCAAGCACAGUUCCAAGCGGGUCGCCCAGUUCGCCGAGUUCCAGCUGUUCUUGGAAGUGGCCGAGCAUAAAAUGCUCAGUAUGUCUGUGACAAGGUGGCUGUGCUUGCGGGAGAACGUGGACCGUAUCCUUGAGCAAUGGGAUGCCCUGCGUCUAUACUUGACACAGCACAGACUGGACGACAACACCCACGGCACGGAGAUGCUCUUCGCGUGGCUUAAUGACCCUAUCAUGAAGGCUUACUACUACUUCUUGGCAUGGGUGCUCCCUAAGAUAAGCACAAUGAAUGCCUACUUUCAGCAUAAUAAAGUAGUGGUUACUUCCCUCCAUGAAAAGAUGGCCGAGGGGUUUAAAGAACUUCUCCAAAGUUACAUGAAACCUACCUAUUUAGCCAGGACUCCACUGAUCGAGCUAAACCCUACCCAGAGGGACAUGUUCUCCCCCAUUGCUAAUCUUUAUGUGGGCGUGCAAGUCGCUGAGCAGCUGAAACACAACGACAUCACGGAAGAGAAGCGGGAGGCGUUCAGGAUUCGCUGCAGGGACUACAUGAUCACGUUGUGCAACGGGAUCAAGUCCAGAUUCGACUUCGGGGAUCCUCUUCUACUGGCCCUUCCUGUCCUCAAGCCAAAGAUAGCAACAAAUUUUCAGGCCCGCCCGUUCACCAACUCCAUUGUGCCUUUCGCAAACCUGGUGCCCCGCGCAAAGCCAUCCGACCCAAAGAAAUUGCAAGAACUUGACGACCAGUGGAGGCGCCUACCCCUCGACGACGACGUCAAGGACCUUCUAGGGGAGGAGGAAAUCGAUGUGUUUUGGCACAAGGUGGGGCAGCUAACCGACUGUGAGGGUUCACCAAAAUAUGCCAUACUGUCUGACUUUGCCAUGGCUGUGUUAAGUUUGCCUCAUUCGAAUGCGGACGUUGAGAGAAUUUUCAGCAAGGUCACUUUGACCAGGACUAAAAUGAGGAACAGGCUCAUUACUCCCACUGUAGAGGGCCUCUGCUUGGCAUCUGAACAUGUUAAGUCAACACCUCAGUGCUGCCAGUCGUUUGAACCGACAGAUAAAAUGUUCAACUGUAUGACGUCUGAAACUUUAUACGGCAGUAAAAAAGCUGGUGACGCCACUGCAGAGCGCGAGGGAGCGCCCAACGGCCGCGAGGAGAGAGGAGAGGGAGAGGCUGACGACCCGCAUCCGAAUGAUGACCACUAUUGGGAAAUAACUGAGACAUUCUUUGACUGAAAACACUGAA